GCCCAUUCAAAGGCCUACUGUUGGACCUCUGCUUAUUUUGCAAUACGUCUUUAGUACGGACUGAAAAAUGUCCGAUUUCGAUGAGUUUGAGAAGCAGUUAAGCGAAAAUCGGCAAGCUGCAGGGCAGAUCCCCACGAUAGCUUUACUGGCAACAUCCACCACCAGCGGCGUGGCAGUGACGCCCACCCAGGUGCCGAUGGUCGGCAGCCAGAUGACCCGGCAGGCCAGGCGGCUUUAUGUCGGCAACAUCCCCUUCGGCCUGACGGAGGAGGCCAUGGCGGAUUUCUUCAAUACCCAGAUGCGAUUGGCUGGCUUAUGUCAAGGUCCCACCAAUCCCGUCCUCGCUGUUCAGAUAAACCAGGACAAGAACUUUGCCUUCCUUGAAUUUCGGUCCGUGGAUGAGACCACGCAGGCAAUGGCCUUCGACGGCAUCAUUUUCCAGGGUCAGUCGUUAAAAAUCAGGCGGCCCCACGACUAUCGCCCCCUGCCUGGCAUCUCAGAGCAGCCCGCCUUCCACGUACCAGGGGUCGUCUCCACCGUGGUUCCAGACUCGCCACACAAGCUCUUUGUCGGAGGCCUGCCCAACUAUCUCAGUGACGAUCAGGUGAAGGAACUCUUGACGUCGUUCGGACCUCUUAAGGCCUUCAACCUUGUGAAGGACAGUGCCACGUCACUGUCUAAGGGUUAUGCUUUCUGUGAAUACGUGGACAUCAGUGCCACUGACCAGGCCGUGGCUGGACUCAAUGGCAUGCAGCUCGGAGACAAGAAGCUCAUCGUCCAGCGGGCAAGCGUGGGGGCUAAGAAUGCCAACGCUACGGCCAUCAUCGAGACGCCGGUGACGCUGCAGGUUCCAGGGCUGCAGCGGCUGCAGAGCUCCGGCAUGCCCACGGAGGUGCUGUGCCUCCUCAACAUGGUCAUGCCCGAGGAGCUGGUGGACGACGAGGACUACGAGGAGAUCCUGGAGGACAUCCGGGAGGAGUGUUGCAAGUACGGCAACGUGCGCUCCAUCGAGAUUCCGCGGCCCGUCGAUGGCGUGGAGGUGCCUGGCUGUGGCAAGGUGGGACCCGUACUCUCCUGUACCAGUGGCAAAAAGAAGACCUCUGUAGGCACUAAACACAGGCUCAUGGGAGCAUUUCUUGCACAAAAGUGUUUUGAAAACGGAAUAAUUUUUUGUGUAAGAAAAACAAUCUGAUUGGUUCAGAUAGACAGACAAUCUGAUUGGUUCAGAUA